AUGGCCAUGCGCUCGCAGUUGAGCAUUUACGACGAUGCGCCUCGUGCCGCGGCGGAGGGACAGCACCAUCACGAACGUCCCAUGCCUUCGGGCCCUGUUUACGAUGCCGUGGUUGAGGCUCGUGGACUCGCAAAUCAAGUUCUCGACAAAACCCUGAGUACACUCGAGCAAGUCCAACAACGGGUCGACCGGAUCAAACGCUUCCAGCAAGGCGUCUUGACACGUGUGCCAGCAGAGGAGCGCAAUCCCGUGGGGCUCGGAGUAAUUGCCCUGGCUGCGUUGACUGGCACUUACACUUAUCCCAAGCGCCCCUUCUUCCGCGCGUUUGUUGCGGUUCCUGUCAUUACGGGUGUGGCCGCCGCCGUCUGUUACCCUGAAACCAUGUACAAUUUUGUGGCAACCGGCAUGGCACAUUCUGGCGCCCCAACCAGUGUUCCAGAGCUGCGCGAACGCCUCCCCUCGAUCAAGCAGCUGCCGCAGCUGGCCCGCCGUACUGUUGAGCAAGCACCGACUCUGGAGGAGGUCUCUGGUCGAAUGACCAGCUUCUACGACUCGAUGAGCUCCAAAAUUGCGUCUGCACCGCAACCAUCCAACCCAGAAGCCUCCAGUUCGGUGACUUCCCAAGCCGAUGAACCGACGACCACUGCUCUUGUCACGGACGAAACUCUUCUCGAGGCUGCUUCCGCAGAGCCGACAGUAGCUACAGAGGUUGCCUCUGAUUCUCUGGACGAAAGCGAUUCUGCCGCGUCCUCCUCAUCCGCAGACCCGGCACUUCACGACGUCAUUCUGGCCACAGCCGAUGCCACAGGCCAGCGCGAAACGGACAUUGAGCCCGACUUUGGCCAGGCAUGCAAGGAUGACAUGGACACGUAUAUCUCCCGUCGCUAA